GUCGACGAAGUCAACAGUGCAAGUUUGUGAACCAAGCGAGUGUGUACGUCGACGGUGUUUGCGCUCAGUAUCGCGUCGAUCUUCGCCGAUUUUCACGUCGCAUGCGUCGCGCGACGAUCCAAAGCUGUUCGCGACCCAGCACGAGGAUGAUCUAGAGCAGAGAUCGACACGACCCCGUCCCGAGAUCGAGACUUUCCCGGAUAUCGAUCGUCGAUCUGAACCGCGAUCGGAAAAAUCGCCACGAUGGCCGAGAAACGUGUAAACAGAAACGAGAAGUUGAAGUAUCCCAAGUCCGUAUUCUUCAUCAUCAGCAAUGAGUUCUGCGAGAGGUUCAGUUUCUAUGGAAUGCGAACCGUGUUGACGCUGUACCUGGUGCAGUCCUUGAAGUACGAUGACAGCACGACCACCGUGAUCUACCAUGCUUUCACGAUGCUGGCGUAUUUCUUCCCUCUGCUUGGAGCGAUGUUGGCGGAUUCGUGGCUCGGAAAAUUCCGCACGAUCUUCUACCUGAGCAUCAUCUACGCGGCAGGUCAAAUCCUCCUGGCCUUGGCCGCAGCUCCGCCGAUUGGACUUUCGCCGAGGGAAUUCUCGAUGCUUGGCUUAGUUCUGAUAGCCAUCGGGACCGGCGGUAUAAAGCCCUGCGUGUCGGCGUUCGGCGGCGACCAAUUCAUCCUGCCUCAGCAGGAACGCUACCUGUCCACUUUCUUCUCCAUCUUCUACUUCUCCAUCAACUUCGGCUCCCUGAUCUCGAGCUUCCUCACACCCGAACUUCGCAGAGGCGUGAAAUGCUUCGGCGAGAACUCCUGCUACUCUCUGGCGUUCAUGGUGCCGGCGGUCCUCAUGACCAUCUCCAUAGUGAUAUUUGUGCUCGGAAGACCACUGUACAGGAUAACGAAACCCAAGGACAACGUCAUCGUGCAGGUCUCAAAAUGCAUCUCCCACGCCAUUUACAACAAGGUGACAUCGAAAAAGAAGCGAGACCAUUGGCUGGACUACGCCGACGACCAGUACGACAAGACCAUGAUCAGCGAUAUCAGGGACACCCUGCAAGUGCUGAUGCUGUUCAUCCCUAUACCGAUCUUCUGGGCGUUGUUCGACCAGCAAGGAUCGAGAUGGACGCUCCAGGCGGCGCGAAUGAACGGCGAGAUCGGCAGCUGGCUGUUGCAGCCAGACCAGAUGCAGGUGAUCAACCCCCUACUGGUACUCGCCUUCAUCCCCCUCUUCGAAGCUUGUAUAUAUCCGCUUAUGGCGAAGAUUGGAAUUCGGUCGCCGCUAAGGAAGCUGACGAUCGGAGGUUUGCUGGCCGCUCUAGCCUUCGUUGUGUCGGCUAUCGUCGAAUAUCAACUCGAGCCUACGUAUGCGGUGCUGCCGACGCAAGGGGGGGCUCAGGUGCGAUUCUUCAACACCCUAAACUGUAACGGGAAUGUUACUUUGGAAGAUAGUAAUUUUGAUCUCCCACCGAUGGAGAUGUGGGUGAAUAAAAGCAUCUCAGUGAAUGGAAUAAGAGAAAUGAAUUUCACGGCAGACUUCACAAGAUGCAAGAUACCAACAUGGAAUGACACUUCAACAGGUAAAAUCAAUGUUUCGGAGGCGAAAGCAACAUCCUGGGUAUUCAUGCAGAACGAUUUCGUCCAGUACGAGGAUUCGGUGCAGAAAUCGUCGUCGGGCAACCCGUUGAUACGUGUUGUGUUGUCGAAGGAUAACCUUGACGAAGAAAUCGAGUUCGAAAUCUACGACGGCAACGGUCGUGUCUUUAACACCACUGUUAAAGACCCAAGGAAAACUAUGACCGAUUUAAACGAAACGGUCCCGGGCAUGUACGAUAUUCAUCUGAACGGCAAGAAGAUGCUCAGCGGCGUGCCGCUGAAACUCGGCGGAGUUUACACCUUCGUUGGCAAUACGAUACCUGGGUAUACUAACCUUAGUGUGAUCCAGAUCACCGAACCGAAUACCAUGCACGUAUUGUGGAUGAUACCGCAAUACGUCCUCAUCACUAUGGGGGAGGUGAUGUUCUCCGUGACGGGAUUGGAGUUCGCCUUCACGCAAGCACCGUCCAGCAUGAAGUCCAUCUUGCAGGCCACCUGGCAACUGACAGUGGCCGUCGGUAACCUCAUCGUCCUCAUCAUCGCUGAAGCUAAGAUUUUCGACAGACAGAUUUUCGAGUUCCUUCUAUUCGCCGGACUUAUGGCCGUCGACAUGAUUUUAUUCGCCAUAAUGGCGCAAUUCUAUAGGUACAUUGUGACGCCUGAAGAGGAAGUCGCCAGCGACGAUAUCCACAUGAAGGAGGAAAGAGGUAUUCUUAAUAAGUCCUACCAGGACGACGAGAAAAGAACUGAUUAACUAUUGGAUCUGAGAACUAUUACGUAAUUCCAUGAGACUAUAGGUGUUUGAGACAACUUUAAACACACCUUAUAGAACAUUUCUCGAAAGGAAUUACACUGGACCGAAUCCAGGAUAGAGAAGUCCUAUUAAGCCGUCAAGAUUUUUUGAAAUUUAAUUAUUGACUGAAUCUUUCCAUUCGAAUAGUAUUUUACUUAACUACCCCUUUUGAUAUGUAUACCUGGAUCCACCCUUGUUUAACACAUUGAUUACCAUUAGGUCGCAGAAUUAUUUAUCGGAACAAUUGAUACCAGUUUGAUGGUAUUUUUUCAAGUUUUGUUUCGUUAAAUGCUUGCACUUUACUGUCAAUAGUUUUCCACAAGAAAAAUAUAUAUUUGUAUUUAACAGAUCCUGUAACCUUCGCGAGUCCUAUUCGGUAUUAUUAGGUAAUCAAAUAAAUUACCUUGAUUGUGGUUGACAUUCCACACGUUUGCAAUCGAAAUGUGCACAAGAUUUUGUUCCGAGGCAUUGUGAACAAUUUUCCGUCUUUGAUGAUGACUUUACCCUGUUUCAAGGGUAGCAGAUGUGUAAAAUGGAGUUGAACGAUGUUCAUACUUUUAAUGAAAAACUGAAGUUCCGUUUAUCGGAGAAUCUUGUUAAGGAUAAAUAUUAAGAAAUUUAAUUGAUUAUCAACUUUCGAACCAGCUGCAUCCCAUGAAAAUUGGUUAAAAAUAAUCGACUUAAAAUUCUGUAUCUCUAAUUAACUGAAUCGUUCAGACGCCACAAUUUUGUAAAUAAGUACUCGUAAAUGUAAGAAUAAAAUAUUUUUGUAUAAAAGUGACACAGCCGUCGAAUAAAAGGCAUUUGUAAAAUGAACUCUAA